GAAAAGCAUCCUACUCGGCCCAUCAAGUCGUCUUCCUCCUCCGACCUCGUCCCGCAGCAACGCAGCAGCAGCGUCAGCGGCACGGCUCCUCCUCCCUCCUAGCCAUUCCCCGGCAGGCCAUGUCCGGCGGCGGGUGCAGCGUACGCGCCAUCUGGAUCCUCACGCCCAACGACACCGUAGCCUUCUCCAGGCGGUUCGCGGUGGUGGAGAAGAGGUGGCGUGCCGCGUGGGAGGCGGAGGAAGGCGACGGAGAGGGAGACCGGAGGGGCUCUGGGGCGGCGCCGACGCCGCUGCCCGCCGACCACGAGGUCGCCGCCGCAUUCGCCGAGCGCCGGAGAAGGGAGGGCACUGCACGCGGUUCAGGCAUCCGUACAAACGUAUCAUCUGUGGGACUGGAUUCUUGGGUUGAUGAUCCAAUUACCCGUCACAUUAUCUCGCUACACAUGGAUAAAGAGGAAGGGGAUGGCUUUAUGCUGUGGCCUGUUGUUCUGCAAAAGCGUGGAGGGUAUUAUGUCCUUGUGUUGCCUCUGGUGGAUCCUCAACCAUUUAGAGCAUAUGAAAAUCUCUUGAAAAGGUCUGAUUGUGGGAGUUCGGCCAAGGAGAACGGCAAUCUUUCUUCUAUCCUGUUCAAUCUUCCAUGCAUAACAGGAGCAUUUAUGGUUGCUCAUGUUGUUGGGGACAUAAUUACUGGUGAUAUUGCUGAACCUGAGGUGAUCGUUAGCUCUGGGCCGUCUGUUGGUGGACUCUUGGAUUCAUUGACUGGAAGUAUAGGCAUUUCAGCACGAGCGAAGCCUAUUGCUGCACCUGUUGCAGCACCAACUGCAUCACUCUCUUCUCCUGUUGGUGCUGCUCAAUCAGACUCCUUAAAAGGUGGUGUAAGGCCUUUUGACAAGGAUUUACUGCGGAACUUCAUCAUUGGUGCAAUGCCUUUUGGCACACCUCAGGAUCUCAAUUAUGCCAAUGUUACUUCGAUUAGAACUACUGGAUUUUCUGGUGAUCCUCUUCCGAUAGAUCAGAAACAACCUGCCUGGAAGCCCUACCUGUACAAAGGGAGGCAAAGGAUUCUCUUUUCUAGCCUGGAGACUAUAAAUGCUGCACUGUAUGACCGUGAUGAUGUGCCAGAUUUCCUUUCUGUUUCAGGACAAGUGACAUGUAGGGCUGAACUUGAAGGACUACCCGAUGUUUCUUUGCCAUUGACUGGGUUAAAAACUGCUCAUGUCGAGGUGUCAUCGUUCCAUCAUUGUGUUCAAGCUUCAGAGCCCACUGCUAAUAAGCAAACCCUGGUUUUUCAGCCACCAUUAGGAAAUUUUGUAUUGAUGCAUUAUCAAGCACCAUGCAAUAUUGCUCCUCCUGUUAAAGGGUUCUACCAGCUGUCCAUGGUUUCUGAAAAUGAAGGUGCUUUUCUUUUUAAGCUUACAUUGAUGGAGGGUUACAAGUCUCCCUUCAUUAUGGAUUUUUGCAUGAUUACAAUGCCAUUCCCUCGAAGAAGAGUUGCAUCGUAUGAUGGAAAUCCAUCAAUUGGGACAGUUUCAAUGACAGAGCAUUCAAUUGAGUGGAGAAUUGUUUCAAGCGGCCGGGGACUCAGUGGUAGGAGCAUUGAAGCUACCUUCCCUGGUACUGUUAAAUUUCUGCCUAGGACAGUACAGAGAAUAAAUUCAUCAUUUCGAUCAGUUUCAAGCACUGGAUAUACUGAAGAUAGUGACAGUGAGCAAGAUAACGUUAAGAAUGGAGCUAGUUUGGAUGACUGCAUCAUGGAAAAAAUCAAUAAGGAUCUUCAGGCAGUUGAUUUAGAAGAGCCAUUGUCUUGGCAAGCGUAUAAUUAUGCUAAGGUUUCUUUUAAGAUCACUGGAGGCACACUGUCUGGUCUUACAAUCGAUACAAAAUCUGUAAACAUCUAUCCUUCUGUAAAAGCUCCUGCUGAAUACUCAAUGCAGGCUUCUUCUGGAGAUUACAUACUGUGGAACACCUUAGGAAAAUGUCCGACAGCUGCUUUGCCUAGAGAAUUAUGACUGUCAAGUGUUUUCCAGCAUACGAUGCCAUCAUAUUUUUGUGCCUGUCUUUUGCUGCCUGUACAGACCUCAGAGCUAUCCACAUUGUUUAUCCUACCAGAUCUGUGCUGGGAAGUUUUUGUUCCUUUUGUAUUUAGGAGUUCAUUUUUUAGCAAGGAGAAAAACUAUAAGCCUAUAGAUCUUGCUCUCUGAAGCCCGACGACGAAAUACCGCCUUGAAGCCAUGAUCUUAUGGACAUUGGGAUUUUCCAUCUGUUGCGUUUUACGGCCUUUUUUACAAGUGAGGAUUUCGUGUACCAGCAAGAUUUAAAUCCCUAUUACUCACAUGCUGCCGUUGCAAUGCCUUGUGACAACACUAGUACAUGAGCGAGGCUCAUCACAUGUUAUUAUACAUUCCCUUAUGUUUAACUUAUGUCAUGUUUUGGUUAGGGAAAAGCUAAUGGACGAUAUGAGUGAUUUGGAUUUGCUCA